UUCUCUUUCAGGUGAGAAGUAACUAUUAUGCUUUUUAAAAAAAAAAAAAAAUAACAUAACCAAGAUUUGUUUCUAUUAAUUUUAUUAAAUUUUUAAUUUAAAAGUUACUAUUUUAAAAAUUUUAAUAUUAAAGAUGGCUGAUAAAGAAAGAUAUUUGCAAAUAAUUUUACUUUUAAAUCUAUUGUUGCAAUUUUGUUCCUCGACAAAUAACAAUAAAUACACAUUGGAAUCUGUGCACAUUAUAUUUAGACACGGUGAUCGAACGCCAAGCAAAUUAGAAAUAUAUCCUACAGCACCUUAUAAUCCUAUUUACGAGUCACUUGGUUAUGGCCAAUUAACCGAUAAAGGGAAAAUAAGAGAGUUCCAGCUUGGUGCGUUGUUGAGAACAAAGUAUAGUAAAUUUUUAGGUGGUCACCAUACGUAUGGCAGCGUGUAUGCCUAUAGUUCGGAUGUAGAUCGAACAAAAAUGUCGUUGCAACUAGUUCUGGCCGGUAUAUAUCCACCUACGAUUGACGAGGAAGGAAGUAUCCGUUUGUCACCGAUACCAGCUUAUUAUGUGCCAAAUAUCGUGGACAGUUUAUUGUUUCCAUCGUUAUGUCCGAAGUACCAAAAAGAAUAUUUCAAAGUAUCCAAUUUGCCUUUAAUUCGUAAAGAAAUAUUGAAAAACAAAGAUCUUUUAAAUUAUCUUGAAGAGUACACUGGUUUAAAUAUGACGACUAAUCCACUUCUCCAAAUAUAUAAAUUACACCAUUUUUUGAUGUCACAGAUAAGUAUGAAUAUCGCCCUUCCGGAAUGGGCAACCGAAAACGUUCGACAUAGGAUAGAAAAACUCGUGGCAUUAGAAUAUAAUAUUUUAUCUUUUAACACGUUAAUGAAACGAUUGAAUGGAGGUUUUAUUAUAAAAGAAUUCAUAAAAAAUCUAAAUAAAUCAAAUAAUACAAGCAAUCCCAAGAUUUAUGUAUACAGUGGACAUGAAUUAAACAUUGCAGCUUUUGCCAAAGCACACGAUUUGAUCGAACCAAAACUGCCUGCCUUUGGAUCUGCAAUUAUAGUCGAAAAAUUGCGAAAUCAUUGUGGUGAAGUUUAUAUUCAAAUGCAUCUAUGGACUGGAGUUACGGAACAAUUAAUCACUUAUAAAAUUCCCAAAUGUGAAAAAAUAUGUCCUUAUAAUAAAUACUUAAAGCUUAUCGAACAUGUUAUUCCUUGCGAUGAAGAAAUAAAUUGUUUAUGGAAUAAUAUAUCGAUGAAUACUUUACAAGCAUAUUACCAUGGUGAUAAAACAAUAUCUAUAUACAAUAUUCUGUCAUAACCUCACACUAAUCGCGAUGAUACAUCUGCAAGGAAUAUGAAACUCGAGUUUCGUCUCAUUUUUGUUAAUAGAAAAACCUUUUUUUUACAAUAAAUGGAAAAGGCCAAAUAUUCGAAAAAA